GUCAACACGGAGAGCCUCGGAGAACUUGCAACACACUUUCUCUCCCUAUUUGUCACCUUCUUUCUCGGCUCACUUGAAGGCUCAGCUCCAUAAGUAGCUGUUCAAGAAUGAUGCGACCUAAAGAUUUACGCCAGGGCUCUGGCACCAAGACGUUCCUAGAUGCCAUGCAUGGUGGUAAAGUUCACCUGGCACGUUUCAUCUUGGAUGCCUUAGACGGACGCAUCAUCAACUCCAAGACAGAAAACAGCCGCACUCCACUAAUGUAUGCUGUCUGCCUACAAGACCCCGGGACCAGGUCCAAGUUCACCCGUUUGCUGCUGGAGAAAGGGGCUGACGUCAACUGCCAGGAUGAGGACGGUCGCACGGCCCUUAGCCUUGCCUGUGAGAUGGGUCACCUGGAUGUGGUCAAGCUUCUGGUGCAGUUCAAUGCUGACCCAGACAUCUCUGACGCCUGGGGUAACAGCGCUCUGAUGUAUGCUGCCUUUUCUGGGCACAGCCAGGUUCUGGAGUUCCUGGUGCGGGCUUUCAAAAGACUGGGAUUGAGGCUGGACAGAACCAAUAAUGCUGGUCACUCCGCCAUCGAAGUGGCCAACUUCUUUGGACACAAUCAGUGUGUGCAGAUUCUGAACUUUCCUUGCAGGAGGGGUGUCAGUACAGAUGAUUCACUAGCUGAUUCGGGUACCAGUGGUGAAGGACAGUGCCGGCUGCCCAACAGGCUCCCCGGGCAUGUUUUGGAGAGGUUUUCCAACCAUCUGAAAAGCAAUGAAGACCAACUGCCUGGGGUAUUUCAGAGACAGCUGAAGAUUGGAGACAGCAGUGGGCUGUGGAACCGCUUCAGGUGUCCCAGGAGCCAGUCUCAAGAGGACAACCAUCGCCACAGCUGGGGUCUGCCUCCUCAGAUAGAGAAAAGCCAGAUUGAGGGGGAUCACAGCGUUCUCUUCACUGCCAAACAACUCCAAAACUGCCAACUUCGGGAGUUAAGGGGGGCUAAAACACUGAACUCUCUGCCUGGGCCAAGCCAGAAAGAUGUCAGCCGAGACAGUGGACUUCAAGAGCAAACACCAGUAAGUUUUCCUCUCUGGGGAAAAGCAAAGUCAUUUAACCUGGACCUCCUGAACAGCAGAAAGCAGUCCUAUCAGGGUGAUGUGCGUGACAUGAGCUUGUCAGCCAGCAAAUUAAAGAGAGCCUCGCUACAGGAUGAGAGAUGCCUGAUAGACAAGAUGGAAUGUCAAGGGAACACCCGGGGCCUGACAAACGAUGCUGACAAAACUGUCUCAGUGCCAAAACCUCUUUUAAACGGCAAGAGUCAGCCUGUGAGAGCGCUCGAGGAGAACGUCAAAACACAAAAAGAAGAGUCUAAUGACAUAGCUUCAUCAAGCAGAAGAGAGCAGCAGAAGAGGGGAAGCUUUGGCCUGACCAGUAGACACAACAAACUGCUGUUUGCCAGGGAGGAAAUAGAGGCGGGGAAGCUCCCCAGCCGCACGCCUGGGUUCAUGGGUCUGGGGACCAGACUGCUGCGUCGAUUCACCGCACCAGAGUUCAUGAGGAUGGUGAUAGACUGUUCAUCGGGCUCAUCAAACGGCAGAGGGCGGAUGUCCCGCUCCGAAACCUUCCCUCUCUCUCACACACAUCAGCAGGUCAACAGCCAGCCGAGCGUUGACAGCAUCAGUGGAGUGAAGUGUGAGUUUGAAAGCUGCUCGUCUCAGUCCGUCCUCAAUUAGAAUAAGGACAAUGUCAAGCGACAGAAAUGGCUAGUGGGGAAAUUUUUACAGCACUUAAAAUUCUGAUAAUGCUUUGUGAUAUAUUCUAUUUAUUGAAAAAAAUAGUAAUCUUUUGCUCAUGUUGCAGUUUUUUCAAUAGGUUUUCAGGCUUAUUGUCCAGUUGCAUACAAUUUUGCUAUUCUAUAUUUGAAAUAACUAAAUAUCCAUCUGUGAGCUACUGAAAAUAAUUAUUUUUGUUUUACAUAUUUAGGAUUUAUAUUGUAUGGACUUUAAUGUAUUUGAUAUUGCUUCUGUGUUAAUAAGAAAUAUUGUAUGUAUUUUGCUUAAAGAUAUUCAAUUACUGUGCACUGUAUGAUUCAUGCUGAAUACCUAAUAAAUACU